CUCCAACACAACCUUACCUAACCCUAAUGUCACAAACCAAAACAUCCCCGAAAGUUACAAGUCCCUCAGCAAAGUGUUCCACUUUCCAAGUCACCUUAUUUCUUGUUCAUGCAGAAGGUUUAGUGUAGGUGACUUGCUUGCGGACACGUCUUCAACCUUUAGAUGCCGUCUUGUGAAUGAAUCGAAUCCGGAUAAGGUUAGCUAUGGGACUGCGUGCUGAUGACACGUUGGAAAAUCAAACCUAGACAGCGAAAGUUCAGCAAACUGGUGUUAUGCGAGGAGCGUUAUCGAGUCUCAAUGGUGGCAGUCCCGAGGAGAAGCAAACUGUUGCCAUUGUUGGCCGACCCACCGAGCCAAACUGCGGUGAGGCGAGCCAUACGUAGCACAUGUGGAUGAGACUCACACCCUCCUCCCCGACUCCCUAAUGAUUCUUCCCAUUGCAGAUCAGAUCAGGUAAGUUGCUGUUGUUGCUGCCGUAUGUUCCUUUAAUGCUACAGGAGGGUGGUAAACUCAUACUGUUCCCAUCCACGAAGACUUCAUACGAAGCAGAAGAACAUCGAACAGGACACCCACUGUGGCUUUUGCCGGUCCCUUUCGGAAUCGAACUCCUCUUCCCCACCUCCUUGCCAAGCUUCCAACCUUUUCCCCACCAACUCGACCUCUACAAGACCUUCCACAGCUGUCAAAAGCCUAUAAAUCUCCAUGCCAUUCCCCGUAUAUUUAGAGAGAGAGAGAGAGAGAGAGAGAGAGAGAGGUGCUUGAUUCAUGGGGAGGUCACCGUGCUGCGAAAAGGCUCACACCAACAAGGGGGCGUGGACGAAAGAGGAGGACGACCGGCUCGUCGCCUACAUCCGAGCCCACGGCGAGGGCUGCUGGCGUUCCCUGCCCAAGGCCGCCGGCCUCCUCCGCUGCGGCAAGAGCUGCCGCCUUCGCUGGAUCAACUACCUCCGCCCCGAUCUCAAGCGCGGCAACUUCACCGAGGAGGAGGACGAGCUCAUCAUCAAGCUCCACAGUCUCAUCGGGAACAAGUGGUCGCUGAUAGCUGCGCGACUACCCGGGAGGACGGACAACGAGAUCAAGAACUACUGGAACACCCACAUCAGGAGGAAGCUGCUGUGCAGGGGGGUGGAUCCCGUCACUCACCGGCCGGUCAACCGCCAUGGUUCUGACACCACAACCCCUUCUCGAAGGAAGCCCGUCGUCGUAGGCUUCGGACCAGAUCAGAAAGAGGAGAAGAGCAGCAGCGUGGAGUGGUCCCCCGACCUCAACUUGGAGCUACGUAUAAGCCCUCCUUUCCAACCGCAAGAAACUCCGGUGCCGGAAAAGAGGGACGGAGAGCAACUCGGAGGCCUUUGUCUUGGAUUGCAGAAGAGCCAGAUGGAGUGCCACUGCAGAGACUUCCUUGGCCUCAGCACUGGCAUACUGGACUACAGAAGGCAAUAGAAAUCUGGCAAUCAAGACCUUAGGAGAAUCAAUACAGAAGAGAUUGUACGUAAAGCACCUCUGGUUUCGUGUAAUCCUUGGUGUCUCUGUGUGUAUCAUGAUCAAUAUACCAGCUAGGUUUCUGC